AUGGGUAAAAACAAGAAGAAAAAUGGAAAGAAGACCAAACAGAUUGCUGCAACCGCAGGCCAUUCGACGGCUAAGGAAGAAUCAAAAGAACAGGUAGACGUGAGUGCCACUAGCCACUUAGAGGGCAUUUCACGGGACAACGUACCUGUUGUACAAGAUAUAGAUCAAGUAGAAAAGUUAGAAAGUGGUCUAGAGGGGAAUUCUCAAAUAGAAAAUGGCAACAGGACAGAGGACGGACCCUCGAAUGAUCUGAACAACUCAGAAAUGCAUAAAACUCAGCAGGAAAUUGUGAAGUUGAGGUUGGAACUGGAUGAAGAGAAAAAGGCAAAUCAGAAAAUCGAGACAUUGAGGCUUGAAUUGGAGAAAGAGAAGAAGAACAAAGAAGAUAUCGCGAAAUUGAAGCUUGAAUUGGAAGAAGAGAAAAAGGCAAAUCAGAAAAUCGAGACAUUGAGGCUUGAAUUGGAGAAAGAGAAGAAGAAUAAAGAAGAUAUCGCGAAAUUGAAGCUUGAAUUGGAAGAAGAGAAAAAGGCAAAUCAGAAAAUCGAGACAUUGAGGCUUGAAUUGGAGAAGGAGAAGAAGAACAAAGAAGAUAUCGAAACAUUGAGGCAUGAACUGGAGAAGGAGAAGAAGGCCAGAAAAGAAAUGGAAAAAUUGACUUCUAGUCAUGACGAGCACAACAAAGACGAUUUAAGCAAGGAGCUAGAAGAAAUCAAGAGCGAACGAGAUGAACUAGAGACUCAGUAUAACAACUUGCUAAACAGAAUUUCCUCAAUGAAGACUGUUUUCAGUAAAAUGAAAGAAUCACAAGAUGAAUUGAAUAUGGUGAAGGAGCAGUUGGAGGAAUCCGAAUCUCAAAAUGUUCGAUUAAAGAGCAAACUAGACACUUUAAAUAAGGAGAAAAAUGAGAUACAGAAGGCUGUGGUAACAUUAAGCAAAGAAUUUUCUGACCUGGAUAAAGAACAUAGCGCUUUACAAGACCAAUGUAACGAACAUAGAGAAGAGAUAGAAUCAUUGUAUUCUAAAUUAGAAAGCUCCUCUAACGAGAUAUCAAAUGAGUUGAAUUCUAGUCGCGAAGAAAAUGCACAAUUGAAGUCACAAAUCGAGGAAUUGAUGAUUGUACUUGAGAACAGUAAACAAGAUAUAACGCUUCUCAAAGAAGCAAAAGAUGACCUGGAGUUAAAUUUGGAGAAUAUUUUAAAGGAAAAAUACAAAAUGCAGAACACUUUGAAGGAGCUUGAGUCAGAAUUAGAGCAAUCUUUGACACAAUACCAAGAGGAGACGAAAGAACGUACACUGGAGAUAAAAUCCCUAAGGGCCCAGCUGGAUAGUAGUGUAGAAUCCUUUAAAGAAUCCUCAAAAAUCAUUGAAACUCUAACGCAGAAAAUCGAAUCAAUGAAAGAGGAUGUAUCACUCAAAGCAAAACUCGAGAAAGAAUGCAAAGAUCGCGUUUUACAAAUAGGGAAGUUACGACAUGAGGCGAUUAUUCUCAACGAACAUUUAACGAAAGCUCUUUCCAUGCUCAAACAAUCCAGUGACUCCGAAUCUGUUGAUAAGGAGCUGAUUUCCAACCUCCUAAUAUCUUUUGUUGCAAUUCCCAGAGCAGAUCCCAGAAAAUUUGAAGUUCUUGAACUCAUUUCUAGUUUCUUGAACUGGGACGAUGACAAAAAAAGACAAGCUGGACUCAUCUAUAGCAGCGACAACAAUCACAAGUCUUCUGGCUCCAGCACUGAGAAUUUUGUUUCUAUGUGGACCGAUUUCCUUGAGAAAGAGAGUGAAGCCAAAUAG